CUCCGAUCUAAAUUAAAAUGGCAAAAAACAUUUCAGAGCAAAAAUUAUGAUAGAGGAGCUAAAUUAUUUAUAGGUGAUAGUGAUAGAGGAGAGAAAUGUCACAGAAAACAUGCGGAGCUUCAAAGCAAUGAAUCGAAUUCUUCUCAAUCUACGCCACCCUCUACUUCCUCUCUCAACCACACUUCCAUCACCAUCACUCUUUUCCCAAUUCUCACCAAAACGAUUCAUGGAUUCCAAUACGCAUCAUAAUCAAAUCCCAGUUUCAUCACUUACAACAUUUUCCACUCCCAACAAAGAUUCAAACGAUCUUUCGACGAAGACAUGUGUACCUUGUAAUGCAAAGGAUUUGCAACCUAUGACCCAAGAUGCAGCCAAUGCUUUGAUUGCACAGGUUUCCGACUGGAAUUUGGUAAACGAAAGUGGUACUUUGAAACUGAGUAGGUCAUGGAAAGUUAAAUCUUUUAAUAAAGGAUUGGAAUUUUUCAGAAUUAUAGCCGAUCUUGCUGAAGCUGAAGGUCAUCAUCCUGAUCUUCACCUUGUUGGCUGGAAUAAUGUUACUGUAGAGAUUUGGACUCAUUCUGUUGGGCAUCAUUUGAAGUGAUCCAUGUUCAUGUAGGUGGGCUGACUGAGAAUGACUUCAUACUUGCUGCUAAGAUCAAUGAACUCAAUGUGCAUGGCUUACUAAGAAGGAAAGCUUCUGACUGAGAAUCGUCAAUAUAUGAACAAGAAAGUGUAAAUAUUCUAGUUAGCAAGUUUUUUCCUCCAUUUUUUCAUUUAAAAAACAAGUAUCGUCUAGAAGUAUUAUCUUUAGUUCCAAUUAUAUUGUUUUUCACUUUUUUUCCAUCCUAGUUGAACUAUACAAAUGUAUUUUUCAUGUGAAAAUGGUUAAAAAUGAAAGAUUCUUCCGCUUA